CUCCAGCAAGUCUGGCAGGGCGCCCGCUGCACGAUCGCUACACGCUGCACGAUCGCAGGCAGUUCAGCGUUCCAUCACUUCUCGGCCGACGGAGUCCGCGCCCAAACCGAUCAGUCCAACUCAUGGCGCGCACGGUCCGACGGUCCAGUGGCCUUGUGGCCAUCUCGGUGAUUGCGGUCUUCCUCCAGGCCCUUCCUUUCGGCGGCACCGGCUACACUGCCCCACCGGGCUCCGGCUUGACGAAGAAGCAACGACAUGGCAGCAUCCACAAUAAGGACAAGCUGGAGGGUGUCUAUGAACUUCCUCCCGAGGAGGAGGAGCCGGAAGCGCCUGAGAAGCCGCCGAUGCCCGAGCGACGCGUGCCCUACUCCAUGCACAUUGUGACCCAGCUUCCUCAGCACAAGCACCUCAAGGAAGAGAGCAAUGCCCAGCACUACAUCGAGGAAAAGGUGGUCGGUGCGUUGGAAAACUUUGAGGAUUUCAUCCGGCACGUGGAGGUGCAUCUUCAAAAGUCCGAUAACUUCCACCGCGAGAAGCGGCCUGAGAAGGCGAAGGCCAAGAGCUCAGCUGACGUGGUGGAUGAGGAGGAGGAUGUAAUCCCAUCACCGCCAGAGAAGGAAUGGGGGCACAAGGUUCUGAUGCCCUACGUCUUCAAGGCGACGGUGACGUUGGUGAACCACCACAAGAUUGCGUUGUCCAAUCCGGAGAAGCAUGCUCAAGCCUCGUUGCAGGAAGCCACCGAUCACAUGGUGGACGUCUUGCGGAAGUCCUUGCGGGAAGAGAAGAACCGAAUGAUCUCGAACAAGCGCAAGCAAGCUGAGUCGAUGCCUGAUGACAUGGAUGACAUGGAAGCUUACAACAAGGAGCUGAGCGACGCAGUGGUGGAAGCGAAGGCCAGCGAGGACGACGAAGCGGAGGAGGCCUUGUACCAACGCAUCGAGGCAUCCAAGUAGAGUCACGACUCCCACGAAGAGCUCCUGAGGCGUUCGGAACAGGCCGGAUGCCCGGCAACUCCUUCGGGCGCAGAUUUCGUGGUGAAUGUUCCAAUUGAAUCCAAAC